CUUCUCUUGGUUACUUACAGAGAGAAAGAGUCUGGGCAAGAUGGCGGCCGGGGAGGCAGAGGCAGCCUCGACAGCUGACGGAGAGCGCGUCUCCUUGCGAUCGGGCAUGUAACCACCCUGGACGCCCAGCUGCCCUGCCUCCCCACCCCCGCCCUUGGAGUCAGGCUGGGCCGCGGAAGCAGCGACAGCCGUCGCCUCCCCUUCUCCACUCCCUCCGCCAGUAGCUGCCAGCAAAGAUGUUCUCGGCCCUAAAGAAGCUGGUGGGCUCCGACCAGGCCCCCGGGCGGGACAAGCCCAUCCCGGCCGGGCUGCAGUCCAUGAACCAGGCACUCCAGCGGCGCUUCGCAAAGGGGGUCCAGUACAACAUGAAAAUUGUCAUCCGGGGGGACAGAAACACAGGGAAGACCACUCUUUGGCAUAGACUCCAAGGAAAGAAAUUUGUUGAAGAAUACAUUCCUACUCAGGAGAUCCAAGUCACCAGCAUCCAUUGGAAUUAUAAGACCACUGAUGAUAUUGUCAAAGUCGAAGUCUGGGAUGUCGUUGACAAAGGCCAAAAAAUCCAGCUGCGUGAUGCUUUGGGCAAGUGCAAAAAGCGAGGGGACAGCUUGAAACUGGAGAAUGACCCGCAGGAGGCAGAGUCAGAGAUGGCUUUGGAUGCAGAAUUCCUGGAUGUGUAUAAGAACUGCAACGGUGUAGUGAUGAUGUUUGAUAUCACCAAACAAUGGACCUUUAACUACAUCCUGAAGGAGCUUCCUAAAGUGCCAACCCAUGUUCCAGUGUGCGUGCUGGGGAACUACCGGGACAUGGGUGAGCACAGGGUCAUCUUGCCAGAUGACGUCCGGGAGUUCAUUGAUAACCUGAACAGACCUCCUGGCUCUUCGUACUUUCACUAUGCCGAGUCUUCCAUGAGGAAUAGUUUCGGCCUCAAAUACCUACAUAAGUUCUUCAACAUCCCCUUCUUGCAGCUGCAGCGAGAGACGCUGCUGCGACAACUGGAGACCAAUCAACUUGAUAUUGACGCGACGCUGGAGGAGCUCUCUGUCCAGCAGGAGACGGAAGACCAGAACUACGAAAUCUUCCUUGAGAUGAUGGAGGCUCGCAGCCGAGGGCAUGCUUCCCCCCUGGCAGCCGAUGGGCAGAGCCCUUCCUCGGGGUCCCAGUCGCCAGUAGUUCCACCAGGCAACACCUCGGGGAGUUCGAGCCCGAGCACCCCGCAGCCGCCGCUUCCACUCCCUCAGCAGAGCCCAGCCAUCCCAGCUGCUCCCCUAGAAUCCCUUACACCCCAGGUGCCAGUGCUUCUGCCAGAGACCCAGCUACCCGCAGCAACAGCAGCCCCCGUCCCUCCUGCUGCACCCCCGCCACAGAAGCGCAGCAUCAUCGCUCGACUUUUUGGGACAUCUGCUCCUGAAGUGACCCCACCUCCGCCAGAUCCUGCAGCUGCCGCUCCUGUUCCCGAAGUUCCUUUGAAAGUGCAGAGCGUGGAGGACUUUGUCCCUGAAGAAAGCCUGGACCGCAGCUUCCUGGAUGACCCCACCCCACAGAAAGACAAGGGGAAGCUUCAAUCUAAGCUGCGCACUGAUAGCGAUAGUGACAGGGAUGCCCCUGGAGGGAACCCAUUGGUAGCUGGCUUCCAAGAUGACCUGGAUUUAGAUGAUCACAUGCCCAGCAAACCCUUGCCAGCAGUAGAGAUGGUACCAAGCACAAAUGUUGCCCUGUCAAGUGACGAGGACGAAGAGGAGGAAGAACACUCCAAAUUCACCAUCAUGGCUGAUGAAGACAUUAGCUGUGAACAAGAGACAAAACGAUCUUCCAAAAAGCCCUUGAAACCCUCAAAGCCAGGACCUUCUACCAAAGCAGUAGACCUGAAGACUCCCACUGGCUUUCCUGCUCAGCUUGGGACAGAGCAAAAUGAUAGCACCAAGGUUCCUUCUGCUGCAGUUGCCCCGGAGGCUGCCUCCUCUGCAUCAGCCGCCCCAUCCCAUCCUCAGAAGGCAGCUGCCCCCACCAAGCCCUCUGGUUUGAAACCGAAGGGGGACAAACGAGAGGAGUCGGACAGCGAUCCAGAGGGACCAAUAGCUACCCAGAUGCUCUCCUUCGUCAUGGACGAUCCGGAUUUUGAAAGCGAGGAGUCCGACAGCCAGAAGAAUAGAGUGGGCGAGUUCCCCGUGCGAGAAGAUUUCUCUGACAUCUCUGAUGAAGACGCUGCUUCGAAACCCCCACAGCCAUCAAAGCCAGUGAUCCACUCCUUCAAGCCGAAGAACGAUUCAGAUCUCUUUGGCCUGGGCUUGGAUGAACCAGGCCCCAAGGAAAGCAGUGAGGAAGAUAAGGAGAAGCAAUCCUCCAAAGAGAAAAAGAAGAAAAAGAAGAAGAGCAACAAAGAGGAAGAGGCUGGCCCAGAAGAUCUGGAUCAUGUAGGGUCAGCUAGUCUCUGUCCUGCCGAGGAAGAAGAGAAGUCAGCCGCAAAGAAGAGCAAACACAAGAAGGUCAAGGAGAAAGAGAAGGAGGAGGGCAAGGAGGAGAAGAAGAAGAAGAAGAAGCGGAGUAGGGAGAAGGACAGUGGCAUCGACGAACUGGAGGCCUUUCUGGGGAGUGGGGCAGGUGCCUCCAAGCUUCGCGGGGGUGGAGACUAUGAGGAACUGUAGCCCUGUCCUGCUGAGCCCGUGUUCUGCAGGUGCUCCUCAUGGUAGGCUGCCAGAGGGGCAGAUGAGUGAGGCAGUGGCCCUUUCUGCCACAAAGACUGCUGGAAAUGCAGAAGGCUGGCAGGACCAAGAGAGGCUUUCUGCCUGGGCAGAGGAAUGGUGGCGAAGUUCAGCCCUGGAGGUACUUGGGAAGGGGACAGGCCAAGCAAUGGCUCGUUGGCCACCCAGGGCUCCUGAGUCCCUGCUUUGCGGCCUCCUUCCUGAGAUACCCCUGGGUCAGGCUUGGCCUGGGGAGGAGCGGAGGGGGCACCCGCCUCACCCCAACCUCUCCACUGCAGGAUUGGAACGGACAGUUGCUGAGUGCCGCUGUCACCCUGUGGAAGAAACUACGUCUGAUUAUGGAUUUGUGCUAUUUUUUUACCAGAGAAGCAGUUAUUGACUGGCUCAACUGAGAGCUCGCAGGAGUGAUGCGGUUGAGCUUCUGAAACCUGCAGGGCUUUGGCAAGAGGGGGGAGGCAAGGGGAGGGGAGGGGAGGGUCGUUCACGUUGCACUGCAGCCCAGUUACCCUCUCCUGCUGCUUCAGGGGUCCAAAGGACCCCACUGAUUUCGACAGCUCCCGGUGUUCCAAACACUUCUUGUGAGCAGCUGUGCACUUUGAAAAGGAACGGCCGAGUUGCCUGUUAAAAACUUAAGAGAAAGCCCUGUCCCCCUCCCGCCGCCACCCCUUGCCUUCCUUCAGUAUUGUAUUUUACAUAUCUUGGAAACCAGCCCAGGAAAGUACCUCUCAGGGACUGUCUUCAGUGCAGAAGUGUAGUUAACAGAAAUCCAGAGGGUUGCUGGAAAGAUUUCCUUUUCAUAAUGGAAGCUGUUUGAAAAUAGCCCCUUUGGCUGUCUUAGCAAAGAGCUGGGGAGGAGAGUUCGGUGGCUAUUCUUGUUCUCGGCUCUGUGGCGCUGAGCCUUGGAUCAGGUGGCAUAUUGUCCCCUCUCGCCAGAGCAAAGGGCACCUCGUCGUGUGAUUUUGGGAAGUGGUUUUGAAGUCUGGCUCCCUGAACCAGUGCAUGUUUUUGACCGGCACCUGAUACCAGUUUGCCUAUCUGUCUUGCCUUUCCGUGUUCCAGUGUGUGGCUCCUGCGACCUUCCGCACACCUCCUUUGUGUUGCGGUGCUCCGCCCCCUCUGCCCAACUUACCCUCCCAAACCAUGUUCCAAGGAAAACUGGUUCUCAGUGUGUCAGCCUUCCAUUGCCUUGUUGUGUGCUGAUUGGAUUUUGUUUUUAACAUUCCGCCCCCGCCCCCCGCCCCGCCCCCCUGCCCCGCCCCCAGCUGUUCCCUCUGAACUACCUGCAGAAGAAUCAGGGUGAUUUUCAAGAUGAGUUGAUUCCCCAGCUGCUGCUUUGGAUCCAGUCUCCCCCUCAGAGAUUUAUUGCCCUUUGAGAAACACACUUGUGAUCGGUUUGCAUAUCAGUCCAGCUGCCACGAGUCUUAACUGCAUGAACUGCUCAUCUCAGGAAUGUUCUCUCACCGAUUCAUCCUUGGUCUUUCGGGACAGGAGGCACCUGUUCUGGCGGGGAGGAGGGGAAGGAGAGGCUGUGCAUGGGAAUAUCUUGAACCAUCAUCAAUCCCUGGGAGCAGAAGCCUGCAGGGUCCCUUGAAGCAGUUUCCGCAAGCCUUUUCUCUAGAAACUCACACCUGAGCCUGACUGAGUUCCAUGUGAGUGUCUUGGUCUUGUUCCUUUAUUUGUUUCUUUGUUUUGGGGGGGAAAAACCAAUGGUGCACUCCAUUCCAAAUCUAUAAAGCUCUCAGUUAUA